AUGGCACCAUCACCUAUACUAUGUGUCCUGGAGGCUGAAUCAAAUCUACGAUAUAAAAGACAGGCAGAAGCAACAUGUCCUCCCAUAGAAAACCCAAUCAACGGAAAUGUAGUCGUGGAUUGCUAUGACCCUAAUUGCAAAGCAGUUGUUAAAUGUAAUGAAUGUUAUAUAGCAAACGGUUCUUCAAAACUGAAAUGCAGAUCAAAUGGAUCCUGGAAUAAACAAAUAAUUGCAACAUGUGAACCUAAAGGUGAUGCUUGUACGCAAGAUUCUGAUUGUAAAAGUGGUACCUGCUCAAAUUGCAAAUGUUCGAACAAGAUAUCAAAACCAGCUAAAACGAAAAAAGUGUCAACAGAAGAUGCAGGGUGUGAGCUUGACAGUGACUGCUCAAAAUCCCAAGGAAAUACAUGUGAACAAAAUAAAUGUGUUUGGAAAUGUGGGCCAUUGACUGCUCCAAAAAAUGGUCUAAUAAGUACUCCUGGAACUGGAUAUGUAGGAUCCUAUUUUAUAUUUGAUUGUCUGCCUGGGUAUAAAUUAGUUGGGUCAAAAGGUCGUACUUGUCAAGUUGGUGGCAAAUAUGAUGGGGGUAAAUCUAAAUGUGUAAGAGAUAAUACAAUUGAUGUUGCAGAAGUGGUUUCCAAAUGCGAGGCCUUGCCUGUUCCAAAGAAUGGGAUGAUCAUCCAAGAAGGAACAGGACUGGAAGGGUCAAGCACAGCAUUUGGCUGCGAAAAUGGGUUCAAUUUAAUCGGCUCGGCUACACGUACCUGUCGGUCUGGUAAAUAUGAUGGGGAGAAAACCAGAUGUGAAGCUGUCCAGGCUUCAGAAUCGACAACCCCAUGUCAACCAAACCCAUGUAAAAACUCUGGGAGAUGUUUACGGUCAGGAAGUGGCUUUAGAUGCAUCUGCAAACCCACUCAUACUGGACGUAUAUGUGAAGUAAAAAACCCAUGCUUACCAAACCCAUGUCAGAACGCUGGUAGAUGUGCAAAACUGGGAACUAACUUUAAAUGCAUUUGCAAAGCUGGAUCGACAGGAACUAUAUGUGAGACAAAAUUAAAACCCUGCCUACCAAACCCAUGUCAGAACUUUGGUAGAUGUUCAACCGUGGGAACUAAAUUUAAAUGCACGUGUAGAAAUGCAUGGACAGGAACUACAUGUAACACAAAGGCUAUUACUACCAACAAAUGUUCUCCCAAUCCAUGUAACAAUCGUGGUACAUGCACAGCAAUACGAACGGGUUUUACAUGUGAAUGUGCUUCGGGCUGGAGUGGUCGAACAUGUGAACAGAAAGUUAUUACUACUAACAAAUGCUCAUCCAAUCCAUGUAAAAAUCGUGGAACAUGUACAGCCACACGAAUAGGUUUUACAUGCAAAUGCGCUACAGGCUGGAAAGGUCCAACAUGUGUCCAGAGAGCAGCUAUUACCACCAACAAAUGUUCUCCCAAUCCAUGUAAAAAUCGUGGAAUAUGUACAGCCACACGAACAGGUUUUACAUGCAAAUGCGCUUUGGCCUGGACUGGUUCAACAUGUACACAGAACAAAUGUUCACCCAAUCCAUGUAAAAAUCGAGGAACAUGCACAGCCACCCAAACAGGUUUUGCAUGCAAAUGCGCUACAGGCUGGAAAGGUCCAACAUGUGUCCAGAGAGCAGCUAUUACUACCAACAAAUGUUCUCCCAAUCCAUGUAAAAAUCGUGGAAUAUGCACAGCCACACGAACAGGUUUUACAUGCAAAUGCGCUACAGGCUGGAAAGGUCCAACAUGUGUCCAGAGAGCAGCUAUUACCACCAACAAAUGUUCUCCCAAUCCAUGUAAAAAUCGUGGAAUAUGCGCAGCCACACGAACAGGUUUUACAUGCAAAUGCGCUACAGGCUGGAAAGGUCCAACAUGUGUCCAGAGAGCAGCUAUUACCGCCAACAAAUGUUCUCCCAAUCCAUGUAAAAAUCGUGGUACAUGCACAGCCACACGAACAGGUUUUACAUGCAAAUGCGCUCCAGCCUGGAAAGGCCCAACAUGUGUCCAGAGAGCAGCUAUUACUACCAACAAAUGUUCACCCAAUCCAUGUAAAAAUCGAGGAACAUGCACAGCCACAAGGACAGGUUUCACAUGCAAAUGUGCUUUGGGCUGGAGUGGUUCAACAUGUACACAGAAUAAAUGUUCACCCAAUCCAUGUAAAAAUCGAGGAACAUGCAUAGCCACCCAAACAGGUUUUACAUGCAAAUGUGCUUCGGGCUGGAGUGGUCGAACAUGUGAACAGAGAGCAGCUAUUACCACCAACAAAUGUGUACCGAAUCCAUGCAAAUAUGGUGGAAAAUGCACAGCCACACAAACAGGUUUUACAUGCAAAUGCGCUCAAGGCUUGAGUGGUCGAACAUGUGAACAGAAGGCAGUGGUCAAAACACGGAUUUCGGAAGGAUGUGCUGUUAACAAAUGUCUCAAUGGAGGUACAUGUCGUGUUAGCAACGAUGUGUCCAUAUGUGACUGCCCUCAAGAAUACAGUGGUGAUAUUUGCCAGGAAAGACAGGAGGAUGUAGAAAGUUGUCGAACUAAUACGUGUAAGUACAGAGGAAGAUGUUCUAUGGCAACCGGUAAAGUCACUUGCACAUGUCCUGCUGGGACUUCCGGGGAAAGAUGUGAAAUAAACCCGGAUGAUUGUAAAUCUAGACCGUGUCAGAAUGGGGCAAGUUGUAUCGAUGGCCUCAAUAAAUACGUAUGUAGAUGUGUUCGGGGAUACAUAGGCCCCAACUGUGAAGAAGAUAAAAAUGAAUGUGAACGGAAUCCAUGUAAAUAUGGAUCUGAGUGUAUUGAUUCUAUUGGCAGGGCACUCUGUAAAUGCCCUACUGGUUUGACUGGAGACUUUUGUCAAUUUGACAAUCUGAAUGAAUGUAAUCAGAAUCCAUGUAAAAAUGGUGGACGGUGUGCUGAUGGACCUGGGAAACCAAUCUGUACAUGCACUGCCCAAUUUGUUGGUGAUCUAUGUGAACAGCCCAGAGAUGAUUGCCAUCCAAAUCCUUGUAAGUUUGAUGGAACAUGCACUAACACUGGAUCUGCCAAGGAUGGUGGAUUUACUUGUCGUUGUAAGACUGGUUACACUGGAUCAACUUGUGCAACAAAUAUCAAUGACUGUCUACCGAAUCCCUGCAAAAAUCGAGGUCGGUGUAAAGAUGGUGUCAACAGCUUUUCCUGUGUAUGUCCUUCUGGUUGGGAGGGCUCGCUAUGUGAAAAAGAUGUGAAUGAAUGUCUUCUUAGAAGGUGUCUGAAUGGUGCAAAAUGUGAAAAUACAGAUGGGUCGUUUAGCUGCACUUGUGUACCAGGAUUUGGAGGGACAACCUGCUCUGCGAGUGUCUCUGGUACUCACUGUGAACGAGAUGUUCUAAAUGAAUGCUCACCCAACCCAUGUCUAAAUCGUGGUCAGUGCGAAGAUUUACCAGGAAACUUUAAGUGUACAUGUACAUCACAAUGGGGAGGACUAACAUGUGAGAUAUCUAUAGACACACUCGACCUUUGUACCCAGGAUACCUUUGGAAAGAGAAAACCCAAUCCGUGUAGAAAUAAGGGCACGUGUGUGAGCAAACCGGGGAGCUACUCCUGUCAAUGUCCUAAAGGGUUCACUGGAAAACAUUGUGAAACUAAUAUUAAUGACUGUCUACCAAAUAAAUGCCAGAGAGGUGCCAGGUGUAGGGACUUGGUUGCUGACUAUAGCUGCAGCUGCCCACGUGGGUACUCUGGCAAAAAUUGUGAAACAGAGACUGAUGAGUGUGCUUCAGGCCCUUGUCUCAAUAAUGCCACCUGUAUAGAUCUCGUAGGAAAAUACACCUGUAAUUGCACUCAAGGGUUUUUAGGAUCAACAUGCAAUAUUGAUAUUGAUGAGUGUGAAAGUGACCCAUGCCUCAAUGGUGCAACUUGUGAGAAUUUGCCGGAUAGAUUUUACUGCGCAUGUAGAGAAGGAUUCAGUGGACCACAGUGUGAAAAUGAUCUUGAGGAUGACUGUUUCCCGUAUCCAUGCAGGAAUAAUGGAACGUGUAUAGAUAUGGAGAAGGACUAUAGAUGCGCCUGUCAGCCAGGUUAUGCAGGGAAGGACUGUGAACAAGAUAUUGAUGAGUGUGCUGAGAAGCCAUGUAGGAAUGGUGGAACCUGUCAUAAUAUGAUAGCAAGCUUUUCAUGUGACUGUAUGCCUGGGUUCACUGGGGAUACCUGUGAUGAAGAUAUUGACUAUUGCGCUAGUGAUCCAUGCUUCCAUGGUGGAAGCUGUCGUGACCUACUACUCAUUUAUGAGUGUGACUGCCCUAAAGGUUUUGUUGGGUAUGACUGUGAAAGAGAUAUCGAUGAAUGCUUAUCCAGACCUUGCAGAAACUUUGCUACUUGUGUGGAUGGGGCUGACAGCUUUGAAUGUCACUGUCCAGUAGGAUUUACAGGGAUGUACUGUGAAACAGAUAUUGAUGAAUGUGGUCCAAAACCUUGCGAGAAUGGCGGCACAUGUAUUGAUGCAGUAAAUGGAGUAAACUGCGUGUGUGAGAAAGGAUGGACUGGUGAGCAUUGUGAAACAGAUAUUGAUGAGUGUAAGCCAACCAACCCUUGUUGGAACGAUGGUAAAUGUGUCAAUACUAAGCCAGGCUUCAAAUGCUCUUGUCCUAGUGGUAUUAAAGGAGAUCUCUGCCAGGAAGUGUGUGUUCCACCCAGGACUCCAUCUGGAGUUAUUGAGGAGGUAGUAUCCAAUGGAUACUUGAAUUCUGUAGUACGCUAUAAUUGCAAGGAGGGGGAGACCCUUGAAGGCUCAAGAUCUAGGUGGUGCAAAUUAGGUGGCGAUUACUCAGGCGUUCCUCCUAAAUGUAGCAAACAAUCAGAUUACCAAUCUAAGAAGUGUCCGACCCUGAAGAACCCCAGCAAUGGAAUAGUGACUGGCUUUGGAGGCUAUAUUGGUAUGAACAUGAAAUAUAGGUGUAACCCUGGAUAUGUCCUCAAAGGAGACGCAGUAAGGAUUUGUACAAAAGAAGGAAAAUGGACUGGAGAGGAAGCCAUUUGUGAAAAUUUUAAAAGUAUCCAAUGCUCCGAAUCAAAGGUUUCAAUCGCAGACACAACAGACCCAACUUGUAGAAAAUAUAUUGAGUGUUUUAACAAUAAGAUCACACAUAGGGAGUGUCAGUGGGGAUUGCGGUAUAGUGCUGAGGAUAAGAGAUGUUUACUUGCAAUCAUGGUACCAUGUAUCUCAUGUUCCAAUUCAAAGAUUUUGAUCGCAGACACAACAGACCCAACUUGUAGAAAAUAUAUUGAGUGUUUUAACAACAGGAUCACACACAAGGAGUGUCAGCGGGGAUUGCUGUUUAGUGCUGAGGAACAGAGAUGUUUACCCGCAAUUAUGGUACCAGUACCAUGUUAGUAGGACCUAUAGGAUCGACUGACCAAAUAUAUAGGGCCGACCACCAAUUACACACAUGUCUGGGAUAACACUUCUACUGUAUUUACUUGUACAUCU